AUGGCGCAGAGCUACGCUACAUCAGCUCACCUGGAGAAGCUUUCAAAGACAUGCCAGCUGAAAACAACAUGCUCUCUAUGCACUAACCAGCACAAUGAAAUCACUUUCUCUUUCACAAUAUUUGAACACCAUUGCCCUGGGGAUCUACUCCUGGUUAAGUUCAGGCACAAUGGGUGUCACUGGAGGCCAGUGUCCAAACGGCCUGCGUUUCCCAAUCCCAGUCGAUAUGAGGUGUGCUGGUUCUUUAAGGAAGGUUCUGGGUGCACAGUGCAUCGGGAUGGUUGUACCUUUGCUCGAAGUGCAGAAGAGGCAGAGGUGUGGAACUUCCAGAAACGUCAUAAUUUGGAUUACAACUCUUUAAUUCUGCUUGCUAAAAAGACUGAGAGAGCCUCAGAAAGAAUGACACAUAAACAACACAUCACAUCCAAGAAAAUACUGUCUGAAUUUCCAGGAAAAUUCCUUGAGCUCUGUUCCUACCAGGACUGUCUGUUACAGGAGUAUAGAGAAAGUAGCAAUGAGAUUUGCAUUAUGUCUGAACAUGUGGAUGAUGUGAGUGUGAUUCAUAAUCAGGACCUUUGCUUGGACUGUCAUGAAAUGGGGUCUGAGAUAACAUGGAGAUUUCAAAUCAAAACUGAGAGAUCAUUGGUUCAUGUGGCAUUGCUCAAGAAGGAACAUGGUGCUGUCUUUACUCUGGGUCAUAAUAGCCCUCACAGCUCCCCCCAACCUCAGACUUACUGUAAAGGUCAAGAUCUCCGCUCCUCUGACCUGACCUAUGAUGUGAGUGUGAGUUUCUGGCCAUUACAACCAGGUGUGUUCGAGCAGUGGUUAGUGUUUGACUUUGAUAUGAGGCCAGUGCUGCUGAGAAAGCUCAGAAUCAGAGUCGGACAGCAGUUCUCACCUCAACCAGAGGAGGCAACAGAGAGCACCAUGGCAGCAGUGUCCCUGGGAAUGGAACGGUGGCAUCGAGGGAACAAGGUCAUAGUGCCCCUCUCAAGUGAAACAGAGGAGGGCGAGGAACUCAUGAAGGAGUACAAAUCUCCCCGCAUGAAUCUGCAGUUUACCCCACAAUCACAUGACAGUUCUCCUCUUAACAAGAAAAACUACAGGGAGAGAAUGCACAACUUUCUAUACAGUGAGGAGCUGGCACAAGAUGAAGUGGUUAGCAGGCUGAGUGUUCGAGGAACGGUUGAGCUAUCAGCACAGGUCUGUGGAGAUGAUUUUGGGUUGUGGCGUGCUUGUCCUGGUGAACUGUUUGCGGCUGUUUAUUUGCCAUAUGUUCUCACAGCUGAUGCUCCAGAGGGUCUUAUACUGAAACGCAGUGUACAAUCUGCUCUAGUGAGCCAUGUUUCUGCUGAGAAGGGGAGUAAUCAAGUAUAUGAGGUAAUGGUCCUCAGAGUUAGGGGCAGUGAGAGACAAAUCUACCUUCAGCUGCCAGAGCGAUGCUGCUCUGAGCUGAAGCUACAGAACAAUACGUUGUGUGAAAUGGAAGUUCAGUUCCAGCUGAAACGUUUGUGGUUCUGUGAGAUGCACAAGGCCAUUGACCUCCUACAAGACCUGAAAAAUGUGCUGCCAGACUUUGGCCACAGCGACAUCCCAGUACAUAAGAUAAAAUACCCCAAGCUUAAUGCAAAGCAACAAGCUGCAAUGGACUUCAUACUUGGAGACAGCAGUCAGAAUGUGGCUCCUCUGUUGAUCUAUGGACCGUUUGGCACAGGGAAGACAUUCACUUUGGCAAGUGCAGCUAAAGAACUGGUCCGACAACCCAACACCAAAGUCCUGAUAUGCACACUCACGAACAGUUCUGCAGAUUUAUAUGUCAAAGACCAUUUCCACCCACACAUCAUCUCUGGACAUAGAGAACUCAAGCCACUCAGGAUAAAAGCAAACAAGGAUGGUACAGCUGUCAGAGCUACUGAUAACAUCACCUUGGGAUACUGCCUUUGCUCUGCAGAUGGUCAGUCUUUCAUUCUUCCUGAACGUCAUCAUUUAGAUUCCCAUCGUGUCAUCAUAACAACAACAUCAAUGGCACAGCACCUGUUCAACCUGAAGCUCCCUGCAGGUUACUUUACCCACAUCCUCAUUGAUGAAGCCUCUCAGAUGCUUGAGUGUGAGGCUCUGAUUGCUCUUGACCUGGCCAGCGAUAAGACUCGAGUGGUUUUGGCAGGAGAUCACAUGCAGAUGGCACCGAAGCUCUUCUUGGUCGGGACAGACGAACGCUCAAACCAUACGCUGCUCAACCGACUCUUCCAUUUCUACCAGUCACAAAAUGACAGCGCCGCCAAGAAGAGCAGAAUCAUCUUUAAUGAGAACUAUCGUUCUACCAGUGAAAUAGUGGAGUUUGUUUCCACUCACUUCUAUACUGGUGACAGUGAGUCUAUUAAAGCCAGUGGAAAUGUUCCACCUCACCCAGAACAACAUCCUCUGAUGUUUGUCAGUGUCAGAGGAGAGUGUCUCCUGGACCAAACCACCAUGUCUUGGUAUAAUCUUGCUGAGGUUGCAAGUGUUGUAGAUACUGUGAAGCUGAUUUUCAGAGAGUGGCCAACUGGUGCAUGGGGAAACAGAGAACAGAGUAAAGUUUGUGUUGUUACAGAAGGACGGCAGGUUGAUCUCAUUAGAAGUGAACUUCGUAAAAUAAGACUCAGCGGGGUGUCUGUGCAAAAUCUAGGCAACAUUCAAGGUAAACAGUUCCAAGUGAUAGUGUUGAGUACAGUUCAGACCCGAGACAGACUUCUUCUGGCUGACUCAACUAGCCUGGAGUUUUUUAAUGACGCUCGAGUGCUCAAUACGGCCAUGACCAGAGCUCGGUCCCAAGUCGUUGUGGUUGGAGAUGCUGCCGCACUUUGUUGUUUUGGGAGGUGUUCUACAGUCUGGAGAUCAUACAUAGAACACUGCAUUAGCAAGAACAGUGCCCAACCACAAUACUUUACUCAAGAGUUCAUCAAGCAAGAAGUGAUGGAAAUCUCUCGAUUUCAGAGGCCCGAACAAGUAAAUGAUAACAACACUUGGGAACCUGAAGAGGUAGCAGAUCCAAUUUUGCAAGAGUUAAUUGAUGAUUAUGCAGGUGUUGACACUGAAGAAUUGGAUGAAGAGACCACUGAUGAUGAGCAUGUCCAAGGAAGAAAAAAGCCUUACUACCACAGUGAUGAAAAAGAUAAGCUUUUAGAGUUGGUUAAGAUGUACCCUAAUAAGUACAAACAUGGACAGCUAGUGCUUGAAGGAUUUUGCUCAGGUUACCUCAUACCAUUUGAUAACCCAGCUGAACACAUCCAAGUUAGGGGAAGGAAAAAUGCUGGCAUGUCCUUCACUGGAGAUGAGGUGGUGGUGGAAACACAACAAACUGAAGAUGGCCAGUUGGAUUGCAAGGUUUUAGGAGUUAUAAGCAGGAAGGAUUCUGCUUCAGAAUUUGUAUGUACUCUCCAAGAUGAAGAUUAUGUUUGGAAAGAAAAAUCCACCAAAAAUUUUUCCCGCAAAAUAAUGGUCCCAAUCAGUAACAACACAACCAAAAUUUGUGUCUUGGUGAACAAGAAGAGACGCAGAGAAAUUCCAAUAUGGAAGCUUGACAAUGGGAACUGGAAGAUCACACACUAUAAGUACCUGAAUGAAGAGACAAAACAGGAGUAUGUCUUUGUUGUCCGAGUGAUUUGCUGGAAAGAGCAUUGUCUCUUUCCUCUGGGUCAUGUUAUAGAUGUUCUUUCCAAAGGGAGCUCUUUGGAAGAAGGGCUUCGAAUUUUGGAUUUGGAAUUUAAACUCAGUCCAUCACCUGCUAUGUACAUGCGUGAUGCACCUGCUGAUGAAAGACAAAGAAAGGAUUUCACAGAGCUGUUAACUUUUACUGUUGACGGUAGAGGGGCUAAAAAUUUGGAUGAUGCAAUCAGUGUCUGUGACAUGGAAAGUCAUUAUGAAAUUGGGGUUCACAUCACUGAUGUUGCAAGUUUUGUGGCUAAAGAUGAUUUCUUAGAUAUGACUGCAAAGGAUAAAGGAGAAACUUACUACUGUCAUGGGAAUCCACGUCAUCCCAUGUUUCCAGAAGAAAUCAGCCUCAGCCAUUUUAGUCUUUUACCUGGCAAAGAAAGGCAGGCUGUUUCAUUAAUUGUCAAAGUAGAGAAAUCAUCAGGAGAAAUCACGGAUCAGUCUUUUCAUCUCUCUCGCAUUGCUUCCAAACAACAGCUCUCAUAUGAAGAGGCUGAGGGUAUCAUCAACCAACAUUACACUGACACACUAAGGUUUGAUACACUGGGGGACUGUGUCUAUGUAGCUUAUCAUUUUGCCAAAAUGCAUCGCAAGGCCAGACUUCAUGGAGAUUGGAUUUACGCCCAAAUCAAUGACCAUCAGAGACCAGGGAAGAGAAAAUCUCGUCUAAUGAUUCAGGAGCUAAGUGUGAUGUUCAACCAUGCUGUUUCUGAAUUUUUAACACAGAAUAUGCAAAGUAUUCAGUGCACUCCCUUAAGAUGUCAGGCUGCUCCUCAACCAAAGGUAGUUAAAGAGAUCAGUGAUCAACAUAGGGAACUCAUACCACUGUCUGUGCACCUGACCUACCACUUAGACAAAAAGAGGACAGAUUUACGAAAAUCCACCACUUUCAGUGUGAAAUCCAAGCAAUCAAAAUAUUUGAAGAAUGCAAUUAGUGUUAAUCAUUCAAGGAAUUAUUUUGAGAUUGGAGUUCACAAAGCUGAUGCUGCAUACUUUGUUACCUUGGAAGGAGCACAUCAUCCAAAAGACAUUCAAAGAUCAGGCAAACUUUGGAGUCUUUUACCUGACAAAGACUGUCGUGCAGUGUCAUUACUGGUAAAAGUGGAAAAGGCAACAGGUAAAAUAACUGCAAAGAACCUGGAGUUUUCAUGGAUAAAUCCAGCCAUACAGCUGUCUCACGAAGAGGUUGGAGACAUCAUCAGUAAAAAAUGUGGAGAAAGCCAAAAGUUUGACACACUAGAAGACUGUAUCAGUGUGGCUUAUCUCUUUACACAAGCUCAGAGGGCAAACAGACAACAUGGAAAUGAGAAUAACUUCUGUCUGUCAAGUGAAGGCAAAUCAAUUCUGAUGAUGGAGGAAUUUCAGACAUUGUUUGAUGAAGCAUGCAAAUUUGUCACUGACUAUGAAAGCCCAAACUCCUCUCCUAUUAUGCAUCCCAUCACAACCUCACCUGAGGUGGUUAGGCAACUUGAGGAAGACUAUGGAAAUAUGGGUUUCUUCCUUAGUGAAGCAGACGGAGCAGACCUAGCGAUUGAAGGAGACUCAGAUAGUGUAAGGUUCAGAGUUCUAAGAUCUGUUUGGCAAGAGAUCCAGGAAGCUGCCUCAAAAAGUGACUUUGACAGAAUGGCUGACCUCAUUGGUACUGAUGAUAUCCAUCCUCAGCUAUUACCUGUGGUAAGAGAGUUCCGUAAGGCUCUCAAAAAAGCAUAUGUCAUUCGCUCAAACUCAUGCCCAGAAGCAAAUGUUGGGCAUUAUUCGCUAAAGCUCGAUUCUUAUACUCGAGCAUCGUCGCCCAUACGGCGAUACAUGGACGUGGUCCUCCAAAGACUCCUCCAUGCAGCUCUCAGUAGUGCUCCAGCUCAAUACUCUCCACAAGAAAUUGACAUGCUGUGCAGCCAGUUUGAAAAGAAUAGCAAAAGGGCCCAAGAGUACGAAGAAAAGGCUGGAGAACUUUCCCUGGCUUUUGAUCUAAAAGCACAAAGCAUUUAUAAACUGGCUAUUGCGAGUGAUGUCCAGCCUGAAGGGCACUGUUUCAGAGUAUCAUUUCCAUUUGGCAAAGGCUUAUUCCCAGACAGCCUUCCAAUAAUGUACAGAGAUUUACAGCUGGAGGAUCAACCUCGGUUUUAUGUGAGAGGGGAAUACAUGGAGCUGACCUGGAAGAAACGAGUCUAUAAAUUUGAGACGACACAGACCCAAGGCAAAAACUGUAGUCCAUCUGUUGAGAUAGAACUACAGACUUGGCAUGCCAUUGCACAAGCAGUCAAUGAAGAGCAGUGGGAAGUAGUGUCCUCCCUUGUUUUGAAUGUUGACACAGAAGAAAAGAAGCUACAACCGAUAUGUGCUGAUGAGCACUAUACCAAUCUGUCUCUCAUGAAACCACAACAAGUUGGUGCUGAUGAGCACUAUACCAAUCUGUCUCUCUUUUUAAAAGCUGGAGACACUCUUCAGGUCCAGAUUGCUCCAGGGGAAGGUAGGGUAUACUUGGCACCAACUGUUCAGCUGCUGAAUGUCAGUCCAAGCUUUGAGAUCUGUGUAGAGCAUGCACAAAACCCUAUCAAGUGCUUCUCCAAACAUGCUGGAUACCCAGCCAAAGAUUCUUAUAACAAUGAAAAAGAAUAUGUGAGGAUUUGGGGGCCCCUCUGUAAAAUGGAGUCUGCAGCCAAUGCUGUCGAUGAUAGUGACAGUAUAAUAAUAGAAGACCUACGGAUCACAUGGACCCGGGGAGCUGAAGGACAGCUAACAGGCACAUUUGAUUUGCCUUCAGAAUAUGAAAGGAAAUGGGCAAUUGAAUUCAACCUGGCCAGGUGCCUACUCUGCAUACGGAAAAGAGGACUGCUGCACAGUUCAUCUCUGAAUCAAUCUCAGGAUCAGAUAGAUCCAGAUCACUUUACUUGGGUUGCCCAUGGCAUCACAACUGGAUGUCGCAACUUAGCAAUGAAUUCUAAAAAAAAGUCUAAAAAGGUUGACUUCAAAAUCAAUCACAGGUCAAUGGACACGAUUCCAAACUGUGUUGAUCAGAGAGACACAAGGUUCACAGUGGAGCUAAUCCCAAAGCUUCUCCCAGAUAUACGAAUGGAAAAUGCCGUGAAUAACAUUGGAAUGGCAAAUGACCUGGUUCAGGGGAUAGCACUUGGGCGAAGGAUUCCACAAGAAGACUCCACACCAGCUUUUCCAAAACAUGUGAUCAUGAGAGAGCAGCCUCCUGCUGGACUUCCCAGGCUGAACACAAGUCAAUAUGAUGCAUUAGAUAAUGCUCUGAACAACCAUUUCACCCUUAUUCAAGGGCCUCCAGGGACUGGAAAAACAGUAGUAGGGGCAUACAUUGUUUACUGGUUCUUCAAGCUGAACUCUGUAACAGCCAGCAAGCCCAGAGACCCCAAAGAAAAGGAAAAGAAGGAGGUCAUUCUGUACUGCGGCCCAUCUAACAAAUCUGUUGAUGUAGUUUCUGAGUACCUGCUGAAGUUUGGAGAAACCAUGAAGCUGUUACGUGUGUAUAGUAGACAGAUGGAGAUGCAGGAGUACCCUUACCCAGGGAGCAGCCUACAGCUCUCAGAGAAAUCCCUACGCCACGAGAGGUCCAAACCAGAGCUCAGGGAUAUAACCCUUCAUCAUCGGAUAAGAACUAACCAAAAUCCAUAUUCGAGUGGCAUUGUAGCUUUAGAUAAGAGAAUUCAAGAAGCACCUAAUUCACUGACGGACGCUGAGAUAGAGGAGUAUAAAAAGUUGCUGAACAAAGCGCGGCUGUUUGAAUUGGCAAGGCAUGAUGUCAUCCUCUGCACAUGCACUGCUUCCUCCGCCCCUGGCCUUACCAAGAGCAUCAGUGCACGUCAGAUUCUCAUUGAUGAGUGUGCCAUGGCAACAGAACCUCAGACACUUGUCCCACUGGUUAGCUACAAACCUGAAAAGGUUGUGUUACUGGGUGACCAUAUGCAGCUGCGGCCCAUUGUAAAGAAUGAUCUGGCACGGAAAAUGGGCAUGUCCAAGUCCCUAUUUGAACGUUAUGUGAGGAGAUCUCGACAUCUCAUGCUGGACACUCAGUACAGAAUGCAUGAAGACAUCUGCAAGUUUCCCUCUGAGGUCUAUUACAAUGGGAGAUUAAACACAGCAGUGGAGCGAGGCCAUAGUGUCUUCUGUGUGCAGCCUGGGACACUGAGGAAACACAUUGUAUUUGGAGACAUCAGAGGGGAGGAGACCAGUCUAGUCGUAUCAACAGGCCGAGGCAAUGAAAACUCAAAGGCCAACAAAAGUGAAUCAAAAAAAGCUGUUGAGCUAUGUGUGUCUCUGGUGAAGGAGGCUGAGGUUAAGCAGGAACACGUCGCUGUUCUGUCCCCCUACAAUGCCCAGGUGGCUCUCAUUAGAGAUCAGCUAAGGGAAGAAGGACUCUGCAACAUCUGUGUUAGCACCAUCACCAAAAGUCAAGGCAGCGAGUGGCGUUACGUGAUUCUAUCAACAGUUCGCUCAUGUCCUGCUGAGGAGAUUGAGGUGGAACCUCAGAGGGAAUGGAUUUCUAAACAAAUUGGUUUUGUGGGUGACCCCAACCAGAUCAACGUGGGCAUUACCCGGGCACAGCAGGGGCUCUGCAUUUUGGGUAACCAGGAGCUGUUAAACUGUAGUCCAUCCUGGAAAAAGCUUCUGGCACAUUACACAGGGAAGCAGUGUGUCGUCAGAGCAGACCAAAUCGUAGUGAUCAAAUGA